AUGGAAUCGUGGUUGGUAGAAAAGGGUAUAUCAUAUGAAAAGGACAUGUUAAAGAAGAACAAGGAUGUUUAUAAACGAUUUGUAAUAGACGAAAUCUUCAGAGAAAAUAACCACGAUGUCCUUCCUUUACCACCAUAUCAUCCCGAUCUAAACCCCAUCGAGACGGCGUGGGCUGCAAUAAAAGGGCAUGUAGCCGCUAAUAACGUCGAAUGCAACGUCAAUCAAACAAUGGAUCUUAUUCAGGAAAAAAUAGACAAAAUGGGGCAGGAAUAA